AUGACCGCCACUGCUGGAGCUGGCGGACUGGCUGUUGCUACAUACAGCAACAUUAAAAACCGGCAACCCAAGGUGGAAGAACAGCCUGUGGAUACAACAACAUUUGAAGAUCAACAGUACUAUGGCAACCUGGCUAUUGGACCUUCUUCUCCGACGCAUGUUAUUGCGAAUAACUAUGACAACAAUGGGGUUCAGGUCAAUGACAACAACAGCAAUAGGAGCAAUAUGAUCCAUAUCAACUCAAUCCAUAUGCUAUAUAGCUUAAUGCCUCAAGCAUCCGCUAUCAAUCCUUUUUUGUUCCGCCAGAUGACAAUACGGUCCCGGCUGGUUUUGGCUGGUGGUGGCGCCUAUGUACCAGCACUUGUACCUACUAUCCAUGAUCAACCACGCCAAUCACAAGAGAUGAUUGCUUUAAGAGGCGGCGGCGGCAAGCGCGGAAGCUGCAUAAUGGCAGCAAGCAUCGGCAAUACUGCCGAAUCGAAGCAGCAGAGACCUCAACAUAUCCAAAUAAAGUCUGGUGACUACAAUAACAACAGAAUUAGAAUGCUAUGGGACGAUGGAUUAGCAAGCGCUGGCGGUAGUACAGUAGCACGCUCAGCAUCAACAGCAUCAAUCAUUCGAUUCCGUAGCAGCAUGUACAAUCCUUGUGAUGGUGUCAAUUCAGACUUACGUAUAUGA